AUGAAACUAAUCAUAAACGGAAAAAUAUGGAAUAUUGUAUCUGCAUAUGCACCUCAGCAGGGUUGCAGAGAUGAGGAGAAAGAGGAAUUUAGAGAAAAACUUGAAGAGUAUAUAGAAAGUAUAACACGAACAGAAUUAAUAUUAAUAGCCGGAGGCAUGAAUGCACAUGUAGGAGAAAGUGGCAAUAGGUAUGAAGGAGUCCAUGGUGGAAUGGGUUUCGGAAGACGAAAUGUAGAAGGUAGGCGAUUACUGGAAAUAGCAGAAGCAGCAGAAAUUACAAUAUUGAAUACUUGGUUCAAGAAGAUACAAAGCUAUCUAAAUAAAAGCGGUCAGAAUGAGACACAGGUUGACUACAUCCUGGUAAGAAGAGAAGACAAACGACUUGUAAUGGAUUGCAAACUUAUACCUGGAGAACCAGUGAUGACGCAACAGAGAUUAUUAGUAGCAGAUUUUAGGAUGAAAAGUGGAAGGAAGAGAAGGAAAGAAGAAAGAAAGGAGAUUAAAGUCUGGGAGUUGAAAAAUGAAAAGAAGAAUGAGUUUAGAAACAAAGUUGAAGAAACGUUGAUGGAAAGACAUAGAACUGGCAGCUUACCAGAAAUAGCAGAGAAGCUGUGGGAAGAUAUGAAAGAUAUAUUAGUAACAAAAGCAAAAGAGAUUUGGGUUAAGACGAGUGGGAAACCAAAAGAAGAGAAAGAUACAUGGUGGUGGAAUGACGAGGUUCAAGCUGCAAUAAAGGAUAAGAAGUUAGCACUAAAGCAAAUGAAAGACAUUGAGAAUGACACCACUAAAGAAAAUUACAGACAAGCCAAGAAGCAGGCGAAAAGAGCAGUAGCCAGAGCAAAGAUUAAUACAUACAGAGAUUAG